AAUAUUAAUCUAAUUCAAUUUUUAUUUAAGGUAAGAUGACGUCCAAACUCACUUUUCGGGCGAGGACCUUGGACGUCGCCAAGCCGAUGGCGAUUUACAGGGCGGAUGAUCUGCCGGAGUUAGCGGCUGAGAACGCCAUUAAUCGUGCCGUCCCCGCCCUUCCUACUGGAAUGGAGAAGGAGGAGGAAACAGAGAAACAUCUGCAGGAUAUUCUGGAAGCACAGAACAAAGGGUUAGUUAAGAAGGUUGCGGAGCUAGUGAUCCCUACUCCGGAGGUUGUUGAAGAGCAGAAAGCUAUGCUUGAGACUCUAUAUAAAGGAGUGUUUAAGCAACCUCGGCAAUAUAUUCAUGUUCAACCUCUGACAGCGGAUCAGGAUAAACCUGACUAUGAUAUGGACGACGAGGAUUUUAAGUUUUUUAACGACGAACUUCGAGAACGGAGAAAGUUCGAAGUUUCCCUUGUGACGUUUGAAGAUAUGAUUGACAGAUUGGAAAAGAACUCCGGUCAGACCGUCAUGAGUUUAAAGGAAGCAAAAAUGUUGCUAAAAGAAGAUGAUGAUUUAAUUCUUGCAGUUUAUGAUUACUGGUUGAAUAAACGUCUUGAGACACAGCAGUGCUUAAUCCCUCAGGUGAAAUGUGAACCAAACCGUGACCAAACAACCGGAUCACAAACUGCUAAUCCUUACGUUGCGUUCCGUCGCAGGACGGAGAAGAUGCAGACCAGGAAGAAUCGUAAGAACGAGGAGGAUUCCUACAUGAGAAUGUUGAAACUAAGACGGGAUAUUAACAGGGUUGUGAUGCUUCUCGACAUGGUGAAACGGAGAGAGAAGUUAAAGAAGGAAAACUUAAAUCUAAUCUCCGAUGUUUAUGAUAAACGUUACCAGGCAGAGGACUGGGACGGAUCUAUAUAUCAGCAGAUUCAGCUUCAACGACCUCCCAAGGUUUCUCUCCAGCAAUAUCCUCUAUCCUCUUGGAUAAAUGUCGGAGGAUCUUCAGAUCACGUUGUUCCUGUUAAGCGUGAGAAGAGAAUAUACCGCAAGCGGAAGCACCAGCGUGCCGGGCUCAUGAUGAGGAACGGAAUAUCAGGACUCAUCCGAGGAGAUAGAACCCUGCUUCCUCUAGUACCGGAUAUUCUGAGCUCUGACGAGGAUCGAAGUUCUAGUAUCGGUACCAAGGUUUCAGACGUUGAUGCCGACGAAACAGACGAUUCCGAGGGGCCGUUUUCUUUCAGGAGAAAGGCUGGUGUUAAGUAUCUUGCUCCCUUGGAUGAUUUCUCCGCGGAUCUUGACAGAUAUGAAAAGUUUCAAAAGUUUUUCCCUGUCGUCGCUCCCUUGGAUUUGGGUCGUCAGCCUGAACAUCUUGGUUUUUGUCGAAGACGGGUUGGCAGAGGAGGACGAGUUAUUCUUGACAGGGUUCAGAGCAAGUGGGAGUCCUGGGAUCAGUCUGAGCUCCAGUUCGGAGAUGAGAACAGGAUCAUGCGCCCUCUGACUCCCGACAACAUGAAACUAAGUUUCUGGGAUCCCUACAAGGUUAGGGAUAAUGAAGUGUUUUCUCAUUAAACCUUCGGGAAAUUCCUUUUCAUGUAAUUUAAAAGGACAAGGAUAAUCCAACUCUCAAAAGCAUAAUGUUUUUAACUGGUAUUAUUUAUUAUUUUUGUGAGAAUUUAUUGUACAUUUUGAAAACUAAAACUUAACUGUAACUGAACAAAAAAUUCUGAUGUCUUUGUUUUCGAACCAGAGAAGACUGAUUUCUUAACAAUUCUUAUUUUGUACCUGCAUUCUUAUAUUCAACUAUUUAUUUUGCUCAAUUGUGUUUAAUUAAAAAUCUAUUUGUUGACAAUACAGACAUUCGUAUUUUCUUAUUAUUAUUAAAACAUCAAUUAAUACUUAUUGUAAAUGUAAAUAUUUUAUCAAAAUCAUUUUAAGUCGUUAAAAUCAUCAUUUCAGGCGUUACAAGACACACAGGGUUACACACAAAGAAUGAGACUUUAAUAACGACCAGAUACUAUUUGUAAAUGGCAAUUUUAAGGUUCAAACGGGGUUCUUUCCUCGAAUAAAGAAGUGGCGCAUUAUAUGGUUUCACAAAGAAAGAAAAAUGUUUAGAUUUUAUGGAACCGUUAAUAUAAAUGAACAGAUUAAAUUAAUUAAAAGUUGGUAACCCUGUAAGAACAUUUUACAAAUUGAUUUCUAUUAUAAAAAGUGUCACAGUGAUACUGUCCUUACUUGCUCGUUCUCUUGAACUAUUCAACAACAAAAUUGCGGAAAAGGAGAUUUUGAAAAAUAUUUUUGAUAAUUAUGAAACAUUUUGAUUUCUCGAUUCUUAAUAUUUGUGUUUCCUUCUUGAUUGUCUUAUACAUAUAUUAUAAGUUGCGUGAUUCAUACUGUAACCUGUACUCUACCUUGUAGCUUUGUAACAUUUAGUCGUUUCCUGUAACUCCAGGGCAUUUACCUACAGUGUAUACUUUCAGA